AUGAUUUCUCAAUUCUAUAUCCUCUCAUCUAGGGGAGAUGUGAUAAUCCGCAAAGACUAUCUCGGUGAUGUGCCGCGUACCUCGUCCGAGACGUUCUUUCGAAAUGCGAAGUUCUGGAAAGAAGGCGAUGGAGAAGCACCUCCAGUGUUCAACGUGGACGGAGUUACCUACUUGCACAUUAAAGAGGGGGGAGUGCAGCUGGUGGCUACAACACGGACAAAUCUGUCACCAUCUUUUGUGCUUGAGUUUCUGAGGCGAAUUUGCACGAUCGUCAAGGACUAUUGUGGUUUCCUCAGCGAAGACGCCAUCCGGAAGAACGUGGUGUUGAUUUAUGAGCUCCUAGAUGAGGUCGUGGAUUACGGCUUCCCUCAGAGCACCGCCACCGAGGCGCUCAAGCAGUUUGUCGUGAACGAACCGAUAGUAGUUCCGCCGGCGUUUUACCAGGCAAAGCCUCUUUUCAGCCUCAGCAAGGGCCCCACGGGCGUCUUCAAGAGCGUUUUGGAGACCUCCAGGACAGAUGGCAAGCGGCGGGACGAGAUCUUUGUGGAUGUCGUGGAGCGCAUCACCUGCACCUUCAAUGCCAGCGGCUUCAUAGCCUCUGCCCAGGUCGACGGCGCUGUGCAAAUCAAGAGCUACCUGGCCGGCAACCCGCCGAUAAAGAUCAAGCUCAACGACGACCUCCUCAUCGGCAAGCGCGACACGCCUUAUGGCCUUGAUCGCGCGGCGGAGCGCGGCCACAUGGUCGUACUGGACGACUGCAACUUCCAUGAGGUGGCGAACCUCGAGAACUUCGAUGUGGAUCGCACGAUCUCGCUCGUACCUCCGGACGGCGAGUUCGCGUUGAUGAACUACCGCACGACGCACGGCUUUAAGCCGCCCUUCCGCCUGCACGCCACCGUCGACGCCGACCCUAACUCCGAAUAUAAGGCCCUUUUGACGCUGCGGCUGUGGUGCGAGAUCCCGGCUGAGAAGGCCUCCAGCGGCCUUGAAGUGGAGGUACCGACGCCUCGGUGGGUGCAGCGAGUGCACUGCGAUUUGGACGGAGCUGGCGGGGGCGCUGCACAGAACUGGGACUUCAACGAGAAGACUCAUCUGCUGCGCUGGCGCUUCAAGCGCUGCCCUGGCGGCAGUGAAUUUACGUUGCGGGCGAGGCUCACAUUGGAGAAGCCGUAUGUGCCAUCGCUGAGGAGUGAGGUAGGGCCCGUGAACCUGCGUUUCACCAUUCCCAUGUACAGCGCUUCCCGCAUCAUGCUAAAGUACCUGCAGAUUCUCAAAAAGGCGGAUAAGAAUUACAACCCGUACCGAUGGGUCCGGUAUGUAACGGCCUCGAAUUCGUACACUUUCCGUACGUGA